GUCCCAUGUGCGUCCUCUUAGGAGCACAGUGGCCAUCGUUACUUAGGCAAACGGUCGUAUUGGUGAUGCCUCCAGGGGUAUAUAUACGACGAGCGCUGCGGGGCUUGAUAAACACUUGCCCAUCAGCGAUUACUGCCGCACCAUGUAUACGUCACUGGUAGCCAUGAUCGCGUUGGCUGGCUGCGUGGCAGCAGCCCCAGCCGACGAUGUGAUACCGAUCGUCAGCCAAAGCCAAGAGGGACCGAACCCGGACGGCUCGUACAAGUGGAGCUACGAAUCUGGGAACGGGAUCAAGGCGGAAGAAGAAGGUCACCUGGAGAACGCGGGUCAGGAGAACGAGGCGAUGAACGCGCAGGGCAGCUUCAGCUACCCCAGCGACGACGGCCAGCAAAUCUCGCUAACAUAUGUCGCAGAUGAGAACGGAUUCCAGCCUCAAGGCGCCCAUCUGCCCACUACACCGGAGAUCCCGCAGCUUAUCCAGAAAGCACUGGACUGGAUAGCGGCGCAUCCAUCCAAGGACGAUCAGAACCAGGUGUAAACAAUAGGACGUCCGUCGUCAGUGAUCUCACCGAGCCCUUUUUCUAUUAAUUCUGUGCUACCACCCACGAAUCACGAUGAGUCGCUCCGUCGUCGCUUCUCGUUCCAAUGGCUCUAACGAAACGCGUAUAUUACUCUCUGGUUCAAUUUGUUGUACAUAUUUAUUGUAUACUUACGUACGGAUUUAUUAUAUAUAUAUAUAUGUAUGUUGUAUCAAUGUAUAUCGCUAUGUUUUAUUAUGUAUUUGCGUACUAUGUGGCGCAGGCAGUCGCGAGCAUCUACUGCGAGCAACGAGACGUCGAUGGUAAUCGUUGAGUAUAUGCCACCGGUACAUACGGAAUAAACGUUGCAAUUCAAUUCA